GGGUAUAUAAGGCAGCUCCUCCACCAACCAGGCAUCAUUGUCCUCGACGCCUCACCACACACCAGACAUGAAGCUCGCAAUCCUCGCCUGCCUGGCCGCCGUGGCCAUGGCCGCCCCUCAGCUCCAGCAAGGCCUCCCAGUAGUACAGGUCCUCCGUGAUGAACAUCAACAGGACGAUAAUGGCAACUUCAACUACGCCCUGGAGACUGACAACGGCAUCUACAUGGCAGCCUCCGGCGUCCAGGGCUCACAGGGACAGAUCAACAUUGAGGGCUCCUACAGACUCCCUGACAAUGAAGGCGGCUUCCAAGAGGUCCGCUACGUCGCUAAUGAGUUCGGUGUCCAGGUCCAGUCCCCCCUUCUGCCCACUCCCCACCCACUCCCCGCCCACGCCCAGGAACUGAUCCGCAUCGCCGAGGAGCAGCGCGCUGCUGGCAUCACCUUCGAAUAAGAUGCUAUUUGUUAUCUCCAUCAACGACCUUUAAAAAAAAUCGACGUCAAAAACAUAAUGAAUUUGGAUAUAAUACAAGUAACUGUAUUUGUUUUGUAUUUGAUGUAUUGAUAAAUAAAUAACGUAUAUGUCAA